UCACAAACGGCAAAAGCCAGUUUGUUUUGGUUUCUUAUUAACGUCAGUUCCGCGCGCAAAAGCAAAAUUUUAAGUGUUUCUUUUUUUUGCAACAAACAAAAAAGUUACUAAUCAUUCUGUUAAUCCAGAGGUCUUUAUAAUUUAACAUUUUUUCAUAAUGGCUGAAUCGGAAAAUAAAACUCCUACGGCUACGGAAACCGAAGCAAUUGAUGCUCUCGAGGAGACCAGCGUCACCAUGGUGGACAUUCUGGCCCACGAAAACCAACUGGAAGAAGAAUACGCUGCAGUCUUGGGUGCUUCAGAUGAUAAAUGUUGCACUUAUGCCAAGGGACCAAUUAAGCGCCAAGCCUUAUAUUCCUGUUUGACUUGCUGUCCCGACUCAGUCAAGGAUCUGGAGAAGUGUGCUGGCAUUUGCUUGGCUUGUUCCUUACACUGUCAUGAGAAUCAUGAACUCGUAGAAUUGUAUACAAAACGUAAUUUCCGUUGCGAUUGUCCAACAGAGCGUUUUCCGGGUGUGAAGUGUGCAUUGAAUCCGGAAACUGCUGUUGGCGAUAAGAAAAUGCCAAAGAACGAACUGAAUCUCUAUAAUCAGAAUUUCCAGGGUGUCUAUUGCACCUGUAAGCGUCCCUACCCGGAUCCCGAGAGUCCCAUCGAGGAGGUCAUGUUGCAGUGUGCCAUCUGCGAGGAUUGGUACCAUUUGCAUCAUUUGGGACUGAAGGUGAAGAAGCUACGCGAUGACUACCACGAGAUGGUAUGUCCAGGCUGUAUGCAGAAAUUCGAGUUCUUGCAAGACUAUACUGGAAUGGCUUUGAAGAGGCUCGAGGACCUGGAUGGGUCUGAUGUUUCCGUGGAAACCGAUGACAAGUUGAAGUCGGACUUGGACAAAAGCAUUUCCGAAAUUAUGAACAUGAGUGGCGAGGAUGAGUCCGGCGACGUCGUAGCUGAUGCAAGUACAUCUUCGAAAGUAGAAAAUGGAGAGAAAGCCACAAAUGGCAUAGAGCCACCUUCUAAAAGACAGAAGCUCGAAGAACCAACAGGCUGUCGACGGCCAAAAAUCAAACCAGACUGGGAUAAAGAUGUAGCCACUCUUUGGCUCUCAGACUGGCGUACGGCUCUUUGCAAAUGCAAGGAGUGUCUGCCACUCUACGAAGCCAAUAAGAUAACGUUUCUCCUCGAUUGCGAGGAUUCAGCUAAUCACUACGAAGAGCGUGGUCGGAAUAAUGCCAAAGAGUCCUCCUACGAACAGGGCAUUCGGGCACUCUCCACAAUUGGACGAACCCAACAGAUCGAUGCCAUCACAGAAUACAAUCGUAUGAAGGACAAACUCAAGGACUACCUCCACACUUUUGUGGUUAGCAAAAAAGUUGUCACCGAAGAGGACAUCAAUAGAUUCUUCCAGGAAAUAAAGAAUGAGAAAAAUGCCAAUUUGGGACAACCGUUCUUUUGUCGUUAAAAAUAAUUGAUUCUAUGAUUCUUUGACUCUCGUGGCUUUUUGUUUCUUCUCGAGACGAAGAUGAAGUCAAACAAAACAAAAAAUUCAUUCCUCUUCCCUUUGAAGUUUUAGAUUAAAAUAAGUUGUUACUUUUUUUGCUGUAGCUUCUGUACAACCAUCGACUCGGCAAAGAGAGAGUUUAUUUAACGUUAUCGUUUUUUUUAUUGUAGAUUUUCGAAUAAGCAGCAAAAUUUGAAUUAAAUUUUUUUUUGCUUUAUUUUCUUUUUUAAUGGGUAUUCGAUGAAACUUUUUUUAUGGUAUCAUUAUUUUUUUCUUUGGUAUUAAAAUUCAUUCAAAUGGAAUAAAUAUUCUCAUACAAAUAACUAAACACAA